GGCGCGAGAGGCGAUGGGGAGUGGCGGCGUGAUCCACUGUAGGUGUGCCAAGUGUUUCUGUUAUCCUCUAAAGCGAAGAAUAAGAAGGAGACCCCGAAACCUAACCAUCUUGAGUCUCCCGGAAGAUGUGCUCUUUCAUAUCCUGAAAUGGCUUUCUGUUGGGGACAUCCUCGCUGUCCGAGCUGUACACUCCCACCUGAAGUACCUGGUGGACAACCAUGCCAGCGUGUGGGCGUGUGCCAGCUUCCAGGAGCUGUGGCCUUCUCCAAAGAACCUGAAGCUCUUUGAAAGGGCUGCUGAAAAGGGAAAUUUUGAAGCUGCUGUGAAGCUGGGCAUAGCCUACCUCUACAAUGAAGGCCUGUCUGUGUCUGAUGAGGCCCGUGCAGAGGUGAAUGGCCUGAAGGCCUCUCAGUUCUUCAGUCUCACUGAGCGACUGAAUGUCAGCGCUGCACCCUUCAUCUGGCUCUUCAUCCGCCCUCCGUGGUCAGUGUCUGGAAGCUGCUGCAAGGCUGUGGUUCACGAGAGCCUCAGGGCAGAGUGCCAGCUGCAGAAAACUCACAGAGCGUCCAUACUGCACUGCUUGGGGAGAGUGCUGAAUCUCUUUGAGGAUGAAGAGAAAAAGAAGCAGGCCCGUGACCUGUUUGAAGAGUCUGCUAAUCAGGGAUGUUUAACCAGCUCGUACUUCCUCUGGGAAAGUGACAGAAGGAUGGACAUGUCAGAUCCCGGACGAUGCCUCCACAGCUUCCGGAAACUCAGGGACUACGCUGCCAAAGGCUGCUGGGAAGCACAGCUGUCUUUAGCCAAAGCCUGUGCAAAUGCACACCAGCUUGGGCUAGAAGCAAAAGCUUCCAACGAGAUAGUGUGCCAGCUGUUUCAGGCCUCCCACGCCAUCAGUAAGCAGCAGGUCUUCUCCGUGCAGAAGGGACUCAACGACACAAUGAGGUACAUUCUGAUCGACUGGCUGGUAGAAGUUGCCACCAUGAAAGACUUCACGAGCUUGUGCCUUCACCUGACUGUGGAAUGUGUGGACCGGUACCUGCGGAGGAGGCUGGUGCCCCGGUACAGGCUCCAGCUGCUGGGCAUCGCCUGCAUGGUCAUCUGCACCCGGUUCAUCAGCAAAGAGAUCCUGACAAUCCGAGAGGCUGUGUGGCUCACGGACAACACAUACAAGUAUGAGGACCUGGUGAGGAUGAUGGGAGAGAUCAUCUCUGCCCUGGAAGGGAAGAUUCGAGUUCCCACUGUGGUCGAUUACAAGGAUGUCCUGCUGACACUGGUCCCCAUGGCGCCAAGAACCCAGCACCUGUGCAGCUUCCUCUGUGAACUCUCCCUGCUGCACACCAGCCUGGCCGCCUAUGCCCCAGCCCGCCUGGCUGCAGCCGCCCUACUCCUGGCAAGGCUGACACACGGGCAGACUCAGCCCUGGACCACUCGGCUGUGGGACCUCACCGGGUUCUCCUGUGAAGACCUCAUACCCUGUGUCCUGAGCCUUCAUCAAAAGUGCUUCCAUGAUGACGCCCCCAAAGACUACAGGCAAGUCUCUCUGACCGCUGUGAAGCAGCGAUUCGAGGACAAGCGCUAUGAAGAAAUCAGCCAGGAAGAGGUGCUGAGCUACAGCCAGUUGUGUACGGCUCUCGGAGUGAAACAGGAGAGCCCAGAACCUGCGUCUUUCCUCAGCACAGGGGAAAUUCACGCCUUCCUCAGCUCUCCCUCUGGAAGGAGGACCAAGCGGAAGCGGGAGAACAGCCUCCAGGAGGACAGAGGCAGCUUCGUCACCACGCCCACUGCAGAGCUGUCCAGCCAGGAGGAAACGCUGCUAGGCAGCUUCCUGGACUGGAGCCUGGACUACUGCUCUGGCUAUGAGGGCGACCAGGAGAGCGAGGGCGAGAAGGAGGGUGACGUGACAGCUCCCAGUGGCAUUCUCGAUGUCACGGUGGUCUACCUGAACCCAGAGCAGCACUGUUGCCAGGAAUCGAGUGACGAAGAGGCCUGCCCAGAGGACAAGGGACACCAGAAUCCACAGGCUUUGGUGCCAGGAACCCAGACACCUCCGACCCCAGGGCCUGAGCCCCGUCUCUGCAGCAGGAAGGAGCCAGGCAAGGACAUCACGACCUCAGGGUACUCCUCUGUCAACAGUGCGAGUCCCACAAACUCUGUGGACAGCAGCUCAGGGGGCCCUCCCCUAUCUACCUCAGUGCUGUCCCCAGGCAGUGACUCGAACACGCAGCCUUGCCACCAUCACACCAGGAAGUCAUGUUUACAGUGUCGUCCCCCGAGCCCCCCAGAGAGCAGCAUUCCCCAGCAACAGGUGAAGAGGAAAAACCUAUCCGCCCACAGCGUGGAGGGGGAGGAGGAGAUGAACUUGGGCUUCCUGAAGCUGUGAGUGUGUCAGAGCCUUUGCCGCAGUGAAAGUUUGCUGAAGGAGGGCUGCUGUUGCAUUAGCAAGUGGUGGGGGCUUGUAGACUUGUUCUGUCGCACAGGGAGCAGAGAGAAGAACUUGGAGCACUAAGUUUCUUUCUCCAGGGGAGUCCUAUGUGAGCCAUUAGAAUGUCUGAAUCAGAACAAAAACCUCAGAUCCUUCUCUUUGGAAAGUUUAGCCUCCAAGCAAUCAUGUCACACCACAUGGAGCCUAUUUCUCUGUCCCCUCCUGUGUCCAUCCUGCUUUCUCCAGGAAGCUUAAGCCCACAUCCUGAUCUUCCCAGUCCCACUGAUCCCUAUCCCAGAAGCCAACAGCUUUCACAAUGGAGAACAUGUGUGACCAGGAAGCCUGGCACAGCUUACCCCUCCCCGCAUCUCUCUCGCUUUGGGUUCCAGGGUGAGCUGAUAGCUCUGAGCCCACCACCAUCCCUGAGUCCACCUGCCUGGGCAUCCGCUCCCUUCCUCACUGGGUGGCAGGUCCCAUGGUGAAGGGGUGCUGCCCUGCACGUCAGUAUGGACUGUGUGUGACUGCCAGGUGUGAAGACCCUGACCUUUUGCAGGCCAGGGCCUUGAUGUCAUGGCCACAGGUUCCCUCCCUUCUGCACUCUCAGCUCGUGUUAGAAUCUAUCCCUCCUCCCAGAAUGAUUCGUCUGUGUCUCCAACAGAUAGUGUUCGUAGGAACGUCUCUCUUUGCACUGAAUUUCUGGGCCAUUUCUUUACCUGUCUUUAUUACCAUUCUUCAUUCUUCUUCUGAGAUGAAAACAAAAGAAAAAUUAAAAAUAGAAGGUAUCAAAUUAAAAAACAAGAGAUUCUUAACAUUAUUUAGGCUUAACUAAAAAAAGAAAAUCUGAUUCAUACCCCUCAUUGCUAUCCUGACACUCUUUAUGCAAAAAGAAUUUUCCCAGAGAUGUUAGCCAGAAAAAAAAAUAAGCGUCAUCUGUGACAUCUGAGUUGGCCAAGAUGCCGAACAGCGAGGUUCAGAGGAGCUGUCCCUGCCUGUGAGUGAGGGUGGAUCUGCUGAGGGUACCCAACAAUAAUGAGCCAUAGAGACUCAGGCUCCCCAGUGGGGGCAGCGGUCAAAGCACCUGAGGGAUCUGCCAAAGACUGACCCUGACCUCUCUCCCCAGUUGGGUCGACCACCUACACACUCACCCUGCUGUGAUAGCUUUUGUUUCCUCUUGAAAUAUCAGAAAGAACCACUUGGCCUGCCAGGAGUGUCCCCCAAAUGCUCUUGAACCAGAACUACAGGGACUUGGAGAUGCUGACUCCAUAGCAGAUUUUCUGGGUGUUUUUUUUGUGUGUGUUGAUGACCCUGUGUGAGCUGUCUUUUUGCUACUGUAAGAGAAUUCUGACCACCCUGGGUGGGGCAUGGUUGGGGUGUGAGGGGACCCUGGCUGUGGGAUUGCAGACCUCUCCUGUCAACUGUGUGCCCCUGGGCAUGUGUGAGCCUCAGUUUCCUUGUCUAUAAGAUGAGACAAUAAUACCUACCUCACAGGGGUGU